GGAGCAGCCCGCAUGGCCCUGCGCUGUUUCGGCUGUGGGCGGCAGGUGCAACGAGCCUGCGCGCUUCCUGCCGCCGGGAAGGAGGCACCAUGCGCCCGGUCGCUGGCAAUCUUGUGAAGUUAUCAGGGCUUAUGUUAGCAUCAGGCUGUGCUUGGUACUUAGGUUACGUGUUUGCAGAUAUCAUACCUGAAGACACAGUAUCAAUAGCUAUUCAAAAUCUUCAGAACAUCGGAGAGAGACCUGUAAUCAAAGCCCCACUUCCAAAAAGACAGAAAUGUGACCACUGGUCUCCAUGCGCACCUAGAAGCUAUGCUUAUCGAUUGCUCAGUGGUGGUGGCAAAGAAAAAAUGGCUAAAAUUUGUUUUGAAGAUGAGCUACUCAUAAGUGAGCAGAGGGGUAAUGUUGGAAGAGGGAUAAACAUUGCCAUUGUAAAUUAUAAAACAGGAAAAGUUGUAUCUACAAAAUUUUUUGACAUGUGGGAAGGAGCAGACUUUUCUGGAGAGAUGACAGCUUUCAUUAAAGACGCACCUCAGGGGUCACUUCUCUUGAUGGUGACCCAUGAUGAUGGAAGUGCCAGAUUGAAAGAUGAUGGGAAAAAAGCAAUAGAAGAGCUGGGCAGUAAAGAAAUAAGGAACAUGAAGUUCAGGUCAAGCUGGGUCUUCAUAGCUGCCAAAGGUUUCAAGUUACCAGAUAAUAUUGAGAAAGAAAAGAUCAACCAUUCUGACAACAGGAAGAACCGAUACAGCGGCUGGCCAGCUGAAAUCCAGAUAGAAGGUUGUAUCCCAGACAACCUGAUCUGAACUUAUUUGUGACUUUAUUAGGAAAAUCUCUGAACAUCACCUGUAAAAUAUGCAAAAUUUUAACCAUGUUUUCUCUAGAAGUUGUAUUAUAUUUCAUGACUGGUCUUAAACAAAUGCAUAUUUCAAUAACAGGCAUAGAUUAAAUAAUUCCAGACAAGAAAAUGAUGUACAGUAUGAUGCACAGUAGGUAUGUCUAAAAAUGUCAGGAUUAGCAGAAUGACUCAAUGCAGUCUGUUUUGUUUCAUUUUCUUUAAAUGAGUUGUACUUUGCACUAGUCUUCAGAAGGAAACCAAAGAAUUGUGUUUUAUAUUUUAACACAGAAUCACUUGCAAUAAACAGAUUUUUAUUUUGA